AUGGACCCCGACUUGUUCUCUUUACGUCCAAGCCCUUGCUUCAUCGCCAGGCCCAGCAUCGAGACCAAUUCUUCUCUUCUUUGGCUUGCGUCCCACCUAAGGUACGGUCCUCUGUACGAAGCACUCUAUCUGCACUUCCAUCAAGGACCACCACAAGUACCUUUUCUUUGGCCUGGCCACUUUCUUUCGUCCAACCUCACCGUCCACGGCCGCGGCGCACUGCUUUCACGCCUAGUCCAUCUGGCUAAGAAGUCGACGCCCGUCCUUCUUGGCUCCAAAGCCGAAAUACUGACCCUUUCCCCAAUCCAGCCGAGCACCACAGACAUUCAAGCAUCCUUCACUUGCAACUUUCUCCCAGGUCCAACUUUCCAAGGCCUUGCCGCUUCUUACAGGAACUCGGAAUACAGAGUACGGAGUCGGAGAGAGCACCGCUUCUUUGACGCCCUCACUCUCUAUUUGCACCCCAAGAGAGACACCCCCAACAAGGCAGUCCACAAUCCCGUUCUCCAAGGGACAGGCAAAAGCCAAAAAAACCAAGCAAAACAGUCAGCCAGACCGCCAGCCGAAACCCACGAGUCGAGAGCCGGCACCAUUGCGACACUACCGCCUGAUUUCCAGACGGAUUCUAACCCUGCGGCGGCCACUACUGCUUAUUGCACCCACCGCCAAAAACAGUACAGCCUAACAAACACCAACCCAUUCUUCUAUCCUCCCAGGCUCCCCCUCCCCCCUCGAGGCGCAAAUGUUUACACAACCAGUCGCAUCGCCACCGACCGUGGGCCCCGUGCCGACGUCUGUCACCAAUCCCGCUUCACCCUCAACACGAUCCAGUCGCCUGAGAGGCCUCAGUUAUCUCCGCAGCUACACUCAAAAUCAUAUUUUGUCCCGAGAACAUACCCGCACUCUCAGACCCAAACUCAAACUCAAAAUCAAAACCACCACAGCAGUCGUUCAGGUUCUAGUCGCCCAACCCCCGGUCUGCAGCGUUCGCUCAGCUAUUCGCCUACUUCAACCCCUCGUCGCUCCGACACCGACGCCCAUUUGAACCCUCUGUCGCUCGUCGCCUCACUACAGGAGUCACCAUCAUCGUCAACUUCCUCCGCCAACAGGGCUUCCACCACGCCCUCUUCGCCUGCCAUCGAGCGCCCGCCAGUGGAUGCACUCCCCUCUAUUCUCGACGACGUCAUUGCCAGCGGCAGCACCAGCAGCCACAUACGGCAGCAAUCUGACCAGCAGCCGCAGUCGACCAACGACGCUGAAGCCGCGAACAUGACGAGAGCACGCGCCUCUACCACGGGCGAUGCCCCUGUCGCAGCCACCCCCGCGCCCGAAAAUCUACCUUCGAUCCGAUUUUCUGCCUACUAUGACCCGCGCGCGACACGUCCCAGCCUGACCUUCCCUCCAGUCUCGAGAACGCUGCCCUCGAACGGCGACAUCAUAAGGGUCGGCCGCUACUCUGAGCGGGAUAAUCAGCCUAGCAUCCCCAACAACACCCCUUCGGCCGCGCCCGUUGGGUUCAAGAGCAAAGUUGUCAGCCGCCGUCAUUGCGAAUUUUGGUAUGACGAAGGUAAAUGGUACAUCAAGGAUGUCAAGAGCUCGUCCGGCACCUUCCUCAACCACAUUCGACUUAGCCCUCCGGGAACGGAAUCAAAGCCAUUUCCCGUCAACGAUGGAGACAUUGUGCAGCUCGGCAUAGAUUUCAAAGGCGGCGAGGAAAUGAUCUUCCGCUGCGUCAAGAUGAGGCUAGAGCUGAACAGAGGCUGGCAGAACAAGUUGAACACGUUCAACAUGGCGACGCACAAGCGCUUGCGGAACAUGACUGCAGCCAACUCGGCGAAUUCUUCGACGCAGGACUGCUCAAUUUGUCUCAACUCUAUCGCGCCGUGCCAGUGCUUGUUCGUGGCGCCUUGCUCGCAUACCUGGCACUUCAAGUGCAUCCGGUCUCUACUGAAUUCUCCCCAAUACCCCAUCUUUGUCUGUCCAAACUGCCGUAUGGCUGCCGACCUCGAAGCGGAUAUUGAGGACCCUGAGGAGGAUUGGGAGCAGAUGGAGGAAGAUGAGGAGCCCGAACAAAAACAACAGAAGCAGGAGGAGAAGGAGACUCCUGCGACUGUCCCGACCGCGCCCCUGGCAGCUCCCGCAGCCGUGGUAAGCUCGAGACCUCAGCUCCCCGAAAUUGGCACCGACGAUGAUGCCAUGGACGACUUCACGGUGGCCUUGGACCGCGCCAGAACCGUCGCCGAAGCUCCAGAAGCAGCGCCAAGAACUGUGGCACCCCAUACAUCCAUCCCACCUGUUCCGAUCCCAGCAGUCGGCUUAGCCCAGACAACUGCACCGCGAAGCGUUCGAGAUACACGCACUCCCUCACCCAUUGGUAACCACUUGGUCAACGCUACUGAAGGUCCUAUUACCCCGCGUAAUGAUGCUGGGCCAUGGGUCUUUGACGGUAGUGCAGGGCGUCGUGCUGCCGAGGCAUCGAGUGGAAUGCGAAGCCUUGAUGCUGCCGCCGAGAUGGAAGUUGACCGCACAGGUCAAGUUCUGUCUCCCAGGCAUAGAGUGACGCACCCUCACGGAAACGCAUGCGUCAAAUACGAAGACGGCAAGAGACGGAGAGGAGAAACGCGUUAUAAGUUGCGCAGGAUUCAAGCUAUGGUGUUAUUUCUCGACCCGGUUUACGGAGGCGGGCUCAAUGGAAAGGCUGGCAUUUUCUACUUCAGUUACGACAGCGGCUUCUACAUGAAUCAGGGAGAUUCGCAAGCCAGGAGACGGAUUCAUAGCAUUCUUCUAAUACAGAAAAUUACAACUUCGCAUCUGCCGUAUCUUAAUGGCUUACUAGCCAACCCUCGCCAUCGUGCACCAUCAACCAACGACCGCCAGGGACCACCAUUGAUCGCACAUAAGCCGACCGAUCACCCGGUGUACACAUCAAAGACCUCACACACGAUGCUUCGAUCAUUAGCGACGCGCCUCCCGCGGCGCGCGGUCGCUUCGCCAACCCCCCGUCUUACUACCGGUUUCCGCCCCUCUACCUCUACGCCCUCCUCCCGCCGGGGACUCGCGACGAUCAUCGAAGCCAUCCCUAAAGAGCCGACAGAACUCGAUGCCAUCACUACCCUCCCAAAUGGCCUGCGCGUUGCUUCUGAAGCUUUACCGGGUUCCUUCUCCGGCGUAGGCGUUUACGUUGAUGCUGGCUCCCGGUACGAGGAUGCCGGCCUGCGGGGCGUCAGUCACAUCAUGGACAGGUUGGCCUUUAAGUCAACGGCCAGCCGCAGCGCAGACGACAUGCUCGAGUCGGUCGAGGCCCUCGGCGGCAACAUCCAGUGCGCGAGCUCAAGAGAGAGCAUGAUGUACCAGGCGGCGACGUUCAACGGCGCCGUGCCGACAACGAUUGGGCUGCUCGCCGAAACGAUUCGCGACCCGAAGCUCACUGAGGACGAAGUGCUCGAACAGCUCGGCACCGCAGAGUACGAGAUCAAGGAGAUUUGGAGCAAGCCGGAGCUUAUUCUGCCCGAACUCGUCCAUACGGCAGCCUUCAAGGACAACACCCUCGGCAACCCCCUGCUGUGCCCGGAGGAGCGCCUCGGCAGCAUCUCGAGGGAGACAAUCAAGCGGUACAGAGAUUUGUUCUACCGUCCUGAGCGUAUUGUCGUUGCGUUUGCGGGUGUCGAGCACACAGAGGCGGUCAAGUUGGCGGAGCACUACUUUGGCGACAUGCAGCCCUCCUACCAAGAACCCACGCUCUCAAGGACAGGCUCAGAGACCUCCAUCGGCUCCGCGGCCUCAGAAUCUACAGACGCUUCCGCCUCCACCUCAGCCUCUUCCUCCCCCGUCCAACAACCUUCAAAACUCCUUUCCAAAGUACCCUUCUUCAAGAACCUCUCCACUUCGGCACCAACCAAUGCCUCCGUCCAGAUCGGCAGCGCAUCGCAGCUCUACGGCAUCAACUCACCAGCCCACUACACCGGCGGCUUCCUCUCCCUCCCGCCCCAACCCCCGUCCCUGAACCCGAACCUCCCGACCUUCACCCACAUCCACCUCGCCUUCGAGGGUCUACCCAUCUCCUCAGACGACAUCUACGCCCUCGCGACCCUGCAGACCCUCCUCGGCGGCGGCGGUUCCUUCUCCGCCGGCGGCCCUGGAAAGGGAAUGUACUCCCGCCUCUACACAAACGUCCUCAACCAGCACGGCUGGGUGGAAUCCUGCGUCGCCUUCAACCACUCCUACACCGACUCCGGCCUCUUUGGCAUCUCCGCCAGCUGCAUCCCCGGCCGCACGGCGAGCAUGCUCGACGUCAUGUGCCGCGAGCUCCGCGCCCUCACCCUCGACACGGGCUUCUCCGCCCUCAUGGCAGCGGAAGUCAACCGCGCCAAGAACCAGCUCCGCUCGAGCCUGCUCAUGAAUCUCGAGAGCCGUAUGGUGGAGCUCGAGGAUCUCGGCAGGCAGGUGCAGGUCCACGGGCGCAAGAUCCCCGUCACGGACAUGUGUCGCAAGAUUGAGGCGUUGACGGUCGAGGACCUCCGGCGCGUGGCGCGUAUUGUCGUCGGCGGGCUGGUCGAGAACCCCGGCAAGGGCAGCGGUGCGCCGACGGUCGUGUUGCAGGAGGCGCAGGCGCAUGGUGUCAGUACGCAUACUAUCGAGUGGGAGGCGAUUCAGAAUACGAUUUACGAUUGGCAGUUGGGCAAGCGGUAA